AUGACUACCGACAACGCCAACAACGCAAAGGCCGCCGACCCCGCCAGCAACACAAGCUUGUCUUUUUUCAUUGCUUCGUUUGACAAGAUCAAAUUAUCUGUUCUUGACACCAUUGCCUAUCUUGCUGCUCAUGCUGGUAGUGGCGAUGAUUAUAAUGAUGAUGACGAAACUUCUGUUGUUGCCCAGACAGCGCUCACCAAGCUUCAGGCAGCUUUAGACGAAGUUCCGCGCUUGGAGAACGAAUUGGAAAAUGUCGCCAUAUCCGUUGCAGCCUUCAUUGCUACAGCCGAGCUCUACCUCUCUCGAGAAAAAACCUUCCUUGAAGCGCGCCCUCCAUACUCUUGA